AUGGCGGCGAGCAAGGUCGUCUCCAUCCUGGUGCUCGCAUUCCUGCUCCUCGCCGCCGUCGCCUUCCCCGUGUCUGCAGGUCCGCGGCAACAGGGGAAGAAGGGCGGCGGCGGCGGCGGCGGCGGUGGCAACAGCGGUGGUGGCAACCUGAAGCCCUGGGAGUGCUCGCCCAAGUGCGCGUCGCGGUGCUCGCAGACGCAGUACGCGAAGGCCUGCCUCACCUUCUGCAACAAGUGCUGCGCCAAGUGCCUUUGCGUGCCGCCGGGCUUCUACGGCAACAAGGGCGCCUGCCCCUGCUACAACAACUGGAAGACCAAGGAAGGAGGCCCCAAGUGCCCCUAG